ACAGUCCAGUUAUAUACACUGAACGAUUCAACAUCUUGGAGCUAGCUCCGCGUCAUCAAACUUUUGUUAUUUUGCUACACGUGAUAAAUUGAAAACAGAAACUGACCCGCCCUCUAGAAUACAUUUUUUUUGCAUCAGAAAUGAAACUGAUAAACACAAGAAAUUCCGCAAUGUUUGCUGCCUAUAUCUUAGCUAAUUGAGCCGCACAUUCAAUUUAUAGUCAACAUAGUGUGAAUUACUGGUAGCUGUGUAUAACCCAUAAUUCUGAACGUGAACCUCGAGUCAAAGCUAAUGGCUGGAGUUUCCAUUUCCCAGAAAUGACGUCACAUGAGUUCGCAGUCUGCACAGAGAAGGGUUGAACUUGAACAACAUUCAGUGUACAGUUCAAAGGGCUAGAACAAGGAAUGGGCUGAUGAUACACACCAAGAAUGGAUCCUUUUGCAGUAGCAUGUGUGCUUAAAGCUGAGGGUAAUGAAGAUUUCAAACAUGGACGGUAUACUGCAGCAAUCAGAAAAUAUGAUGGUGCUUUGCACUUCUUGGUCAAUUGUAAUAAUCUAAGCGGUCCUCUCAAAGAAGUGGCCAUAUUGUUUUGCAACAGAUCAAUGUGCUUUUACCAUCUUCAACAAUGGCAACAAGCGUUUUUCUCAGCUGUGCAUGCCAUUGAAACGGAUCCCUCUUUUAUAAAGGCACACUACUGGGGAGGCAGUGCCUUACUUAAAAUUGGGAACCUUGAUGGAGCACUUCAGUAUUUUCAUCGAGGCUUGGAUUAUGUAAGAACUGAUACCCACAGGGAUUUGAUUGCAGACUUAAUUGUUGGGAUCGUCACAGCUACUGAAAAGAGAACUGGGGGCCUGUUUUAUCAGGUUCUUGUAUCAGUGUUACAAAAAAGAUACAGCACUGACAUAUGGAAACUAGUUAUUGAGAAAAUAGCCAGGAAAAACUUAUGGCAGCAUCUGAGGGUUUUAAUCGAAGUGGGAAUGAACCUGUUACCAAAUGAUCUCAGUGCGUCUCAAAUUUCCAUGAAGAGCCUCUUUGAGCAACACGUUCUUGAUAUAGCCAGCCAAUACUACAGAAUCGAUUGGUUACCGCUGUUGUUCAAGUGGCUUGUAAGCCAUGGUGCCAGCAUAGAAAGUAUUGGUGAUUUCCCACUUCAUGCCAUUAUGUCACUGUCAAUCAAAUCAGGAGAAAGCGAACUGAUAAAGAUGGUGCUCACUCAGAAACCAGCUCUGCGACACCGGAUCAACGAGCAGAAUAGGAAUGGCGCCACGCUUUUGCACAUUGUUGCUUCUUUUCCGAGGGAUCGAAGAUACUCACAGAAAUGCCAGACGGAUCAUGUAGAUAUGCUGCUGGGAAUGGGGGCUAAUCCAAACAUUGCUGAUAGGCAAAAAAAACUAGCAGCUGAUUAUCUAAAGAAAAAUAAGAACUUCAAAGCUCUGGAAGCAAUUAAGAAGCAGACAUCCAGAGUCACCUUGCAGCAAUCUGCAGCUUCUUUAUCAUAUGAAGGAGAAACAACCAGCAAUGCUAAGAGCAUGACCUUUGAAGAAGCUGUUGCAAGCUUUGCUCAGUUCUGCACGGCGAAUAAUAAGAAACACAUUCAACAUUUGCUCGACAGACCAGAAGUGCAUCCCCUCAUGCAGCACCUUUCCACAUGUUCAGAAAUUCCUCUUGAAAUCGUUUGCAAUGUAGACGUCAGCUUUUCAAAGAGCUUUGUCAAGCAGAGUCUUGAAAGGAAGAAGUGGCACGAAACUCUCCUGGUUCUGACGGGUAGAAGUGAUGAACUGAAAAGAAAAGGGGGAGGCCUCUUUCCUACCUUCAGCCUUUCUGACAUAAACCUGUGCCACUACAUUCCUCAUUUCAACAAGUCUGAUAACCAGAGAAUCCCACUUGUUUCCUGUCUUCUUGAAAAAGGAGCCUCUCCAAAUGGAUAUGGGGCAGUGGAAGAAUCGCCAGUUGAGCUCUGCUUUAAGAGGGAAGACUAUAAACUGGCACAUCUUCUGCUUGAAAAGGGGGCCAAUCUGCAGGGUGUUUCUGUAGUCGCUGGAGAUACACCUCUUCAUGCAGCUCUUCAUAUUGCUUUGGAAAAAAAAGAUGAGUUUGGCUUGCACAUUCUGAAAUAUCUUCUUGAAAAGUACAGCAAAGACACAACUACGUAUGGCUGCCUGGAUCCAAAUGUACAAGACAGUGAAGGCAACACGUUACUACAUGUCAUCUUCCAAACAAAUUACUCUCGGCACCUUGAAGAAAUUAUGGAUAUGUUGUCAAAGUUUGAUAUAAACAUAAAAAUAAAAAAUAAUCUCAAGAAGGAGGCAACCUUUAAAGUUAGUGGGAAGGACCCAAGACUUCUAUACUGGAAUAAAGCGCAGACGAAAAACAAAAAAAAACAGGAAACCAAUCUCAAAUCUCAACGCUCAAAGCCAGUCAAAUCCCUGAUCAACAGUAAAAAUUCAAAACCAAAAGCAACACAUCAGAUGGGAGAACAAGACACAGUAGGGAAACCUGAAGGUUGUGGGCAGGUCCAGCCAGUUGAAGAGGAAUGUAAACCGUGUACAGUCAGAGAAAGCUUUGUGUACGAGAUAGAGACAAUGAUUCAGCUUGUGGAAUGGGCAAGUGUUUCUACCAACGCCAGUACCUCGGUAUCUAAACCUUCAAAAGCAAUCUUGGAACAACCCACCUGCACGUCAGACAAAGCUGGGAUUUCUGACAGCAUUGAAGAGUCUGCUGUAGAACGUGGUGUACUGGAAGUCAUAGAGGCUGAGUCAGUGGUGGAAGAAACCCAGCCUUAUGAAAUACUGGAGAAAAAUUGCCUUCAGUUACUGGACAUAGACAACAUGACGUGGGAGAUCGAAUGCACAUCUGAUGUAUUGAAGAAGAUUGCCAGCAAGGAUGUUUCGCUGCACAUGAAAGCAAAAAUUGUACAAGUCAUUCAGCAGCUUGGAAAUGGAGAAUGGACAUCAAGUCUUCAGAAGAAACUCAAGUAUUCAAAUAGUGAAAUUAAACUCUAUGAAGCCAAGCUAGACAAGGGAGCGAGGAUGCUAUGGGAACUUGCAAUAGACUUCUCUCCCCGCUGCAGUGAAAAUCCAGAGAAGAUUAUCGAGACAGAGCAGUCAUCUCAUAGUACAGAAGGGGCCACUGGAAAGGUUUACAGUGAAAUGAUUCGAGUGUGGGAUAUUGUUACUGACCAUGACAAACUCAAACAUGCCAUUAAUAUAAUCUGCCAGGCUUUCAACCGCGGUUCAUCAUGCAUCUUGAAGAAAAAGCUCAAAGGCCUAAACCGAGCUAAGCUCUCAUCAAACCUCAACACAGAGAAGUGCAUUCCACUUUGCUAUGUGGAAUAUGUUGACAGUCACAAUGUGGAGGAGAAUAAGAUUGCAAAAUAUUUUCCACCAGCUAGUGCAGUGGAAACGGAAUACAAUAUAAUGAAGUUUCAUAGUUUCAGCACUAACAUGGCACUCAACAUUAUCCGUAACAUGGACACUAAAGUCGAGUACCCUUUCAGAGUCGGGGAAUUGGAAUAUGCAAUAAUAGACCUCAAUCCAAAGCCCUUGGAAGCAAUCAUCUUGAUAGGGAGAAGUGGAACAGGCAAAACUACUUGCUGCCUCUUUAGGCUAUGGAAGCAGUACCAGAAAUACUGGGUAAAUGCAGAGCAGGCUGGUGAACCUUUGCUUGGGAAACCAAUGCGGCAGAAAAGACAACCUGUCCAAGACCAUGAUGUUGACACUGCUGAAGCGAUAGCGGUGGUGGCAGCAAGUGAAGCUGGACGUCUGACGUCUAGAAGUGGUGACAGUGACACUGCAUCAAGUGAAGACGAAGAUGAAAGCAGUGACUCUGCUUGCUGUGCAAUGAUUUCAGUAUGUGAAGAUGGCUUGCAACCAGAUGUCGAUGAUGUUGUUGUUCAACAAGAUUCUACCCAACUCGAGCAUUUACAUCAGGUCUUUGUUACCAAAAAUCAUGUUUUGUGCAAAGAAGUACAAAAGAACUUCAUUGAGUUGAGCAAGUCCAUGAAGGCCACCAGCCACUUUAGACCAUUAGAACCCAACAUAUACAGGCUGCAGGAUAUUCAGGAUGAGCACUUCCCCCUCUUUAUCACUUCCAAGCAAUUUCUGUUACUCCUGGAUGCAUCAAUGCCUCACCCUUUCUUUCCAAGAAAUCCGGAUGGCAGCCUGAAAAGGAAUAUUGUGGGUUGGUCUGCUCUGGACGAUCUGAUGCUUCCAGAAUUGAUAGAAGAUGAAGAGGAAGAUGAGUUUGAAGAUGAACUUGGUGAUGAAGAAAAGGUCACAGAAAUUCAGGUGAAAGAAACUGACCCACGCCUCUUUGUGACAUAUGACAUUUUUUCUUCAGAAAUUUGGCCUAAAAUGGUCAAGGGCAAACAUCCCUGUAACCCAGCUUUGGUUUGGAAGGAAAUCAAAUCCUUCUUAAAAGGCUCUUUUGAGGCAUUCAACAGUUCUGAUGGUAUGCUUACGGAAGAAGAGUACAUCAAAUUAGGUAGGAAGCGAGCCCCAAACUUCCAGGAGGACAGAAGUGAAAUUUAUCGUCUCUUUCGUCUGUACCAGCAAAUCAAAUCACAGCGAGGCUUCUUUGAUGAAGAAGAUGUUCUUUACAACCUGUCCCAAAGGUUUGCAAAACUCGAUGAGAUAUCAUGGUCAAUACAUGAGCUUUACGGGGACGAGAUCCAAGAUUUCACCCAAGCUGAGCUUACACUUCUCAUGAAAGUCAUCAAUGACCCUAACGCCAUGUUCCUUACUGGAGACACGGCACAGAGCAUAAUGAAGGGAGUCGCCUUUCGGUUCAGUGAUCUGAGAUCACUGUUCUACUAUGCCAGCAAAAGCAACACUGACAAAAAGAAACACUUCACUGUCAGAAAACCGAAAAGGAUUUACCAGCUGUAUCAGAACUACAGAUCACAUUCAGGGAUUCUGUAUUUGGCAUCUGGUGUUGUGGACCUACUUCAGCACUUCUUUCCUGAGUCAUUCGACCGAUUGCCAAGGGACCGGGGACUUUUCGAUGGACCCAAGCCCACACUAUUGGAGUCUUGCAGUGUUAGUGACCUGGCAAUUUUACUCAGAGGGAACAAGAGAAAGUCGCAGCCCAUUGAGUUUGGGGCUCAUCAGGUGAUACUUGUAGCCAAUGAAACAGCAAAAGAAACCAUUCCUGAAGAGUUACAUUUGGCUCUGGUUCUUACAAUCUAUGAAGCCAAAGGUCUGGAGUUUGAUGAUGUGCUGCUCUAUAACUUCUUCACAGAUUCUGAGGCUGGAAAAGAAUGGCGAGUGAUCUCCUCAUUUAACACUUUGAAUAUCCAAAAACCUGAGAGUGGGCCACUUGUAGACGUACCACUGGAAGAGACCGGUAUCCCACAAAGCAGGCCUCUGGAGUUUAAUGCUGAUCUGCAUAAGAUGUUGAAUGGAGAAUUAAAACAGCUGUAUACAGCAGUGACCAGAGCAAGGGUCAAUCUAUGGCUGUUCGAUGAAAACCGAGAGAAGCGCAGACCUGCUUUUGAAUACUUUAUCAAACGAAACUACGUACAGGUUGUCAGAACUGAUGAGAACACAGAGCUUGACGACAGCAUGUUUGUUAAAACGUCAACACAGCAGGAGUGGGUUGAAAGAGGAGACUACUUUGCAAAAAAUCAGUGUUGGAAGGUUGCUGCCAAAUGUUACCAAAAAGGAGGGGCAGAAGACAAAGAAAAACUUGCUCUGGCACAUGAUUCCGUUCUCAAUGUGCGCUCUAAGAAAAUAAGUUCCAAGGAAAUGCAGCUGGAGUACUUACGGUUGUCAAAGAUUUAUCUGGAAUGCAACGUACCAAAGCUGUCCAUGAAAUGCCUAAAAAAUGCAAAAGAGUUCCGACUCUGUGCACAAUUGUGUGAGCGACUGGGGAAGAUGAAAGACGCAGCUGUGUGUUACAGAAAGGCAGGCUGCUACAGAUUAUCUGCCAAGUGCUUUGAAAAAGCCUGUGAAUUUGACUCUGUAAUAAAAACGUAUUGCCGGGCUGAGUUAUUUGAUGAGGUUGCUGAAGCUUUGGAAAGGUAUGAACAGAAUCCUGAGAUCAAGCUUCCAUACAUCAAGGAUCAGUUUUAUCUGGAAGCUGCAGUAAAAUACCACAAAGAGGACAAUCAUGCAGGAAUGAUUAAAUCUCUUUCAAAGCUAAACCCUGAUGACCAGCUUGUCUUUUUCAAAAGACACAAUUAUUUGAAGGAAGCUGCUGAUGUGUUAAAGUCACUUUGGCGUGAGGAAGAGGCAGCUGUUUUAAUGAGAGAACAUGGUAACCUGAUAAAAGCUGCAGAACUUACAAACAAAAUGGACUUCCGAGCAGAAUGUUUGCUUGCUGAUGCCCGACGGCGUCUCUCCAACGUGUCUUGGGAAACAAGCCUGGAAGCACCGCAAGUGGAAAAAAUAAAUGGGAUGCUAGAAGAAGCCUUCAGGUUGUUUGAUGACACAAAUCAAGUAUAUGGUGUAGCUGAAUUCAAACUCCUAUGUGGGAUAUUGAACAAGAACUCAAAGAAUGUUGAGGAUGCUCUCCAGUUGUUUGUGAAUGAGGGGCAUAGUGCGGGGGCAGCAGAAGCCCUUUGUUCCUUGCUUCAGCUUCCCCUUUCACAUGUACAUGCUUUAAGACUGUAUUUGAAAGGCCUGGAAAUGCUGUUACUUUUAGUCAAAGCACUUGACAAGCCUACAACUAAUGAAGAAAAGGAGAUGGUGAAAUCUUGCUAUGACUUUUAUGGAAUCAUACAAGUGGACAGCAGUCAGUGUCGGAUCCCAAAGAAUGAAGCCGGAAGAGUUCUGCAGUUUAUGUUUGACUGUGACCCAGGCCUAAAAGAAAAGUUGACAUCCGAAGAUACCUAUUACAGGUUGCAAACAAGUGAUUUAAAGUUUGUGUUGAAGAGACACUUAUUGAGGAGACUUUGUGACAGCGCAGAGAAAAUAAAAUCACAAGGGCAGAAUGUCCCAGACGUUUGCUUCAAGUACAUCUGUGGACUUCAAUGCAAAACAGAAGGUUGCACAGAUAUCCACAAGCCGUUACAGAGGCAUGAAGCAAAAUUUUCCAUCCAGUCAAAGGUUUAUCUUACUGUCCUGAAUGGGUUGCUGUUAGAAGCUCAAAUGCUGUUCAAAAAGAGUACUUUUCCUGAAGUGGAUAAAAUCCAAAAUAUCUUGACAGGAGACCCAUAUGCUUUGUGUAAAUCUCUUGUCAACACUGUUUUCCCAAAGCAUUUCCACCAGCGAGUAGUGUCUGACAAUGCUGUUGCUUGCAAAGUGGUCCUGAAUUUAACUCGGACCAUACCAUUCAGACACUACAAUACUGUACUCAGAGAGUACAUUUUGAAGUGUUUUGAAAACAAAAGUGACUGCGUCAGGAGAGAAUGUACUGAUCUGUGGCUGGAGGCUACAAAGGUUUCCAUUCUAUUUUCUGAUUACCCGAAGUACGUUGAACUUCGCCUUAAAAAUGAGGAGAACCGGUAUAAGGAUGAACUGAAGAAGAACCAGUCAAAAGGCAACAGAGUUUCAGGAUCACGUGGCAUGGUGACAGCUGGCAAGGAGCACAUGUGUUUCUUCCAACUUCUUUUACUUUCAAUGCAGGAACUGUAUCACAAACAAGACCCUGAAACAUGCAUUCAUGCAUUCUAUCGCUUUAUGAAUGUGCCGGUCAUGAGAUGUUCAGAAACAUUGAUUCCAGACAUUGGAAACACUGUCAUGUUAAUUGAGUUUCAGUUUGUUUUGGGCUGUGCAGUCCUGAUGAGAUUCUGCAAAAACCUUACUGUGUGUUUGCCAAAGAGUUACAUCGCUCUUCUCCACUUCUGGGACUUUAUGUUCAGAGGAAAAGAUGUUUCUUCUAUCAUUCAUUUCUUCCAUCCAAAAGACAUCCAGAGAACCAUAUUCAAAAUGAAGAAUCACCUUUCCUAUCUCGCCAGAGUAAUGUGUGGUGAGAGAAAUGAAAAAUUCAAUGUUUUGCAGGAUGCAUUUGAGUCAAGAUACACUGCAUCAGGGGAAACUGAGAGAACAGUGGUCUUGUGUUUGGUGAUGUUGGUGAAUAUUGAACAAGUCUUGGAUUCUAGAUGUGGAUACUUGCUACGGGAGAAUUUCGUCACAGCAGCAAACAAACUGAAGACACUUCAAGAUGAUGAGCCAAGUCAAAUUUCCGCAAGGCUGAUAAAGAUUGUUGAAAAGGUUAAUGUUUCAAGAAGUAUGAGGGAAGUUGUCGAAAACCUGCAGGAAUUGUUGAUAGAGAGGGAUGAUGAGUAUCUUCAGGACUGCAAAUGGGACAAUAGCUAUAAGGGUAUUUAUUUUCAGAAAGUCUAUCUUAACAGAUACUCCAACUCAUUGCUGCCUAUAUAUUUAUCACCACAACCUCAAAGGGAUGAUAAAGAAAAUGAGGAACAGUUUGAAGAAGAGGCAGAUGAAACACUGAAGGUGGAGCUGCAUAGAAAGAACAUCCAGCACAGAUGGAGGGAUGUGAUUGGAAAAUGCAUUUUGUUGUGCAGGGCAGUAGCUGCAAUGCAAGCAAAGCCAGAACCCUCACACCCUGAAUAUUUCAUGAAGGCAGACAUUGACAGAACACAGUGUGAUCUGUGUGGCGUAAAGUUCCGCAAAAACAUGAAAAAACAUUCAGAAGAACAAAUGGAAGACGCCCAGGAUGAUGAAAGUCUUGCCACUGAAGAAAAGGAAAUACCUGAAGACAACGAAAUGUGUGACAAGGAAGACUAUGAAACCCAUCUCUCCAGCACAGGACAUAAACAGAAGCAAAAGGACUAUGAGAAUUACCUGAGUUAUUUUGCGCAAUCUGUGGAUUCUUUAAUUACCAAAUCCAAAACCAUUCUACACGAUCUAGAGGAAGGCACAAAAAGCAAUCUUUCUGCCAAAGAACAGUCAAAAACUGUGGCAGAAAAAUUGAAAAGCUGCAUUCAAAACAUAAACUCUUCCAUAGAAGCCAUCUACAAGAGAAAAGAUUGGGAUUCAGGUAUUAAAAAAUUACAUCAUCCUAUUAUGAGUUUAGGAAAGGUUCUGGAAGACGCUCUGAAUUGUCUAAAAAAUGUUGAAACUGGAUUGUAUAAUUAUGGUGAAGAAACUGGGGACAUGAGAGACAACAGUUUGGAGGAUGAUGGUGCUGAGGAGCAUGAAGAAUUUGAAGAACUGAAAGGCAAGGCAAGGAAAAGUAACAAGAAGGGAAGAUCUGGGAAAAAAAAAAAGCGUUAACACCAAGUUUCAAGUCCCCCUCUAAGCCAAGGCUAUAAGUAAGUGAAGUGCUGGCCUUAGCCCCUCAGUGGCAGACCAGUCUGGGACCAGCUUUAAUUGCACCUGUUAAUGACACAUUAUAAACCUCAUGGAUCACCUUAGACAAUGUCCUUUAGUAAAUGCCUUCUAAACAGUUUCAAGCAGCCUAAUGCUGACACAAAAUUUUUUCCUGGAGUAAGCAUUUUCUUUUCUUUUGUUAAGUAUCCCAAGCUGAAAAGCUGUUGUGGAUUGUUAUCUUACAGGUAAUAGAAAACUUGAAAUAAAAAGCAUGGUAAUUUUAUUCAAGGUUUCUUGGGUAUUUUAAAUUUUUUUUCUCAUUCUUUAACUAAGAAAAUGUUCCUAAUUACCCUUUGAAAUAGAAGGGUUUGUAAAUUUACUCCUUAUCAUUUAAAUAGCACAAACAAUAAGGUCUAUUUUUUUAAUUGCUUUUUUGUAAUGUGCACUUUUAUAUGAGAGAAUCUAUUUUAUUUUUUGUUCUUUUAAUAUAGAGUUGCUAAUCAGUGAGAUGUGCUUUUUUAUUAACUACUUUGACAGACUACAAACUUGUACUAUUUUUGUAUAAGGUUUUCUGUUGCCAAUAGUAGGUAGGUAUGCUUAAAAUUUUGCGGGAAUGUGGUGUUUGUGAAUAAAUGUUACCUGUUUGAAUUAUUUUUAGUUGAUUUCAUACAAAAUGCUUGUUAAGUGUCAUUGUGAUCACUUUGUACUGCUAUAUCUGUAUUGGAAUAAUGAAGGCUGUAUAGUAUAAUUUGUCAUUAAAGUUUCAUCUCUUAUGCCAGCAUGUGACGCUAUAGCAUAUAUUUACUAUUUGGUUUUCACAAUAGUCAACGCCUAUUUUUUGUACAGUGCAAGUUACAAAAUUAUAUUUGUAUAUUUUAGACUCACAUUUCCACUCUUUUUGAUCUCUUGUAUCGUUAGCAGUUUGUGAAAAAAAACAAUGUAUAAUAUAUUUGAAUUAGUGCUGGGACGAACACAUGAUUUUCAUGUUCGGAUAUUUGCUCAUAAUUUAAAUAUUCCUUGGAUAUUCGCUCGUUUUCAAAAAGAAAUAAAAGCCAUUAUAUUGCUCAGACAGAGACAGCAUAGGGGCAGGGGGUGUGGCCCCUGUGUGUGUGCCUUUAUUUUACAGCAAGAUGUUACAAUAUGUAACAUGUUAAAGUAGAAAAAUAUCCCAGGAGUAAAGAAUAAGUUAUGUAGGCCUUACUUUACCCAAGUGAAUUAACUACAAAACAAAGGAUGCCAAAUAGCAGUUCAAGUUAAACAGUGUUUUGUUUAUUCCUGAAGUAAAUACAGUAGUCUCCUCUUUUUAUAAGAACACUUCCUAAGAGAACACUUCGCCCAAGAGAACACCCUUGUGGUGAAACUAGCAAUUCGUUCUCAAUGGAUGAGCAAUUUGGUGUUUCUCCUUUUGGUGAGUUGCUUCACCAUUCUGUUAAACAAUGUGAAUGUCUUGUAUACUGCUGCUGCAUUAUGCAACGUGUGUAGGGGUGCUGUGUUAAUUUAGUUGGACAGUUAGUUUAUUAAUGUUAAGUUAACCCUAAGUAACACCCAUUAUUUUUGCCUCUGCCAUUGUGAGAGACACACCCACCAGCUAAUUUCAUAGUACAUAGCGAUUUAAGCUUUUGACCAUGUUGUUUUGCUUUAGUUUUAUUAACAUUUGUUUCUCUGUUGGUUUAUUAUUAUUAUUGGGUCAUUCCAUGCCAACUCAACUAGUGCCAUUGCCCGUUCGUCUCAGAUUUUCCAAGAAAAAUUCACCUGGGGUUUUUCAGACACGCUGAGUUCAGAAAUGACUAGCUUAACCCUUUACCAUGUAGGGGAUGUGGGCUCCUAAAAUGUAUUGCUGUAAGACCCUUAGUUACCAGUCUUCCAAAUUCUGUGAAAAACAUUUGGUUUCAAGUCCCACCACUGGUCAUUAAACCCCCUUAAAUUUGAAUUUUUGCUAUUUGUACCAAGUUUAGGCGUGGGGGAAGAGACUCUAAAAAAUCACCCAAAGAUAUGUUUGGUUAGGUGAUGAUGAGAUCUACAAGCAUCAAGCAAAAUAUGUUGGUAUCCGGGGAUUUUGGAUUUUUGGCAGAUUUUUGAAGUUGCAUUUGUCAUGCAUUCGAUCAUUGCUUAUGGCCACUUUGGUGAGGUUAAAGUACCACAUAGUUCUAUCCAAACUGGCUAUUUCUUCAAUUGUGCAUCCUCUGAGGAUUGAUCUAGAGGAAAAAGUAACAAUGUGGUCUUCCAAUAGCACUAGCUUGGAGCUGAGGGGUUAUGAACUUGCAUAUGGGACUUGGGACUAUGUUGUUAUGAUGACACAUUUGAAACUACCAAAACCUUACUCGGUUGGAUUUUAAAAACAAAAAAGUGAUAGUAAAGUUUUUUUUUUAUAUAACUUGUGGUGCCUGCCUAGGGGGAUAAUUGAUUGACUGACCAACCAUUUGUGAAAAAGCCAUUUGCUGCAUUCAGUCAAUUUCAGGCACAACUGAAAGUCUUUGGUUUAUGAGGUCUUCAAUGACAGAGACAGGUGUAUUUAAACAGUGCUGUAAAAGGGAAGAUUUUCUUUAAGAAAAAACUAAAUUCACGGUUUAAAACCCAACUAAGUAAGAUUUUGGUAGUUUCAAAUGUGUCAUCGUAACAAAGAAGUCCCAAGUCCCAUGCAAGUUCAUAACCCCUCAGCUCCAAGCUAGUGCCAGUGGAAGCACAUACUGUUACUUUUUCCUCUAGAUCAAUCCUCAAAGAAUGCAAAGUUGAAGAACUAGCCAGUUUGGAUAGAACUAUGUGGCACUUUAGCCUCACCAAAGUGGUUUGAAUGCAUGACAAAUGCAACUUCAAAAAUCUGCCAAAAAUCCCUGGAUACCAUAAUAUUUUGCUUGAUGCUUGCAGAGCUCAUCAACAUCUAUCCAAACAUAUCUUUGGGUGAUUUUGUGGAGUCCCCUCACGCAAGUUAUUACGGCCUAAACUUGGUACAAAUAACAAAAAUUCAAAUUUCAAGGGGGUUUAAUGACCAGUGGUGGGUCUUGAAACCAAAAGUUUUUCACAGAAUUUAGAAGACUGGUACUAAGGGUCUUGCAGCAAUACUUACAUUUUAGGACCCACAUCCCCUACAGCGUAAAGGGUUAGGCUGAAGUUUGAAAAAAACUUGUCAGUUACCCCUCAUCUGGCAAUUUGCCAGAAGUGAGUAGGGUGUAAAAUGAAGGGGAAAAAACUCACCGUUUUGGUUCUCGUUUAUUACAUGCCACAUAACAGAAAGUCACAACAAAAAAUAUAUAAUAUAUACAAUCUAUAUAAAAAUCAGUACACAACAUUUCCAGCAAUCUGGGCACUGUUUAAGCGAGGUAUUUCAGAAUGACGUGCUUGCCUUUUUUCUGCUCCAUGAGAUUCACUCUAAAGCAGCACAACACGGAUGGCUUUCCAUUGAGAUCACUAUGCGUGCGAGCGUAUAAUCUGGUUUGUUUACUUUUUGCUGUCUAAAGCAAGAGCUGCUGUGUUGAUUGUGUGUUUUUUUUAUAUAUAUAUAUAUAUUAAUCUCACAUAUCACACAGCUCUUUUUCAUUUGCCAUUUGGUUUUUAAAAUUGUUGUGCCACUUCUGAUGAGGUGGUAAAUAAGUGCAAGGUAUUUUUGUCAUUUCUAGCGGAUAUUUGGAUAUCUGUCCCAGCACUAAUUUGAAUAUAAAAAUAUAUUCUAACAGGACUUUUUUUAGAAAGCUAAAUAUCAUUUUUAACCAGAAGGCUUAUAGCAGGUCUGGUUCAAACUUCAAAACUCUCACAACAUACACUAUUUUCCAAACUCUCUGGUAAGAGAGGUGAUGAAGAUUCUUAUCAUAGCAGAUGGGGUAUUGUCUGUUUUAAGUGUUGCUUAUCUCUCGUCAGCACAGAAGAAGAAAGUGACCAUUUCCUUCCAGCUGAGCUAGGUCAUUCGACAAUACAGGCAGACAACAACAUAGAGUGGAGUUAGCAAUACAAAUGGACCACCUAGUCUUUUACUAUGGGAUCAAUAAGAACUAAGACUAUUCUAAUAGUGUCAUGAUUUUUAAAUCAUUAUGAACACAUACUGUCAUAUUCUUAAAUGCAGAAAACUGUCAGCAAAUUCGCAAGGCCGACGGAAAUGGUUUCAAACUCAAAAAGGAAAACACUGUAUUAGACAUUUAGUAUGUAAAGAGUGGGAAUUUCUUCAAGAGAUCAUCACAGAAAUUCUCAAGUUAUAUCCUUUUUAAACAAAUAUUUGUCAUUCAGAGGCAGGGUGGGGAAAGGAACUAUUAAAAUAUAAAGCCAGCCCCGUCUUUCAAACUACCCAGUCAUUUAGGCAUGUGGUAAUGGCCUUAAAAAACACGCCCUGCAUUUCAAAUGGACCAAUCAUUGUGACAUGUAAACAAGACUGCUUGUAUUCAUUGGAAGUUAAGUUUUACUUGGCUGUAAUCCAGUUACACCUUAUUUUUGGUUCGUAAUAAAAAACAUUGUUUCUCCAGGAAAAACAUUCUCACAGACUCUCCACAUGCUUCACACCCCCCACGUAAGAAAAAUCACCAUUCUGCCCUGUUGCAAUUGCCAAACCUUACGAAAGACGCUAUCUUGAAAGCUACUUCAAUCUUGGCAUUCAAGAAAAAAAAGGACUUGGCUUUCUGAAACUUGUUCCUAACAUCUACUGUAUUUAUAGCAGGUCUGAGGUAAAAGUUUUGGUAUUUGUAAGACCUUGUUAUAAAUAUUAGUAAAAUCCUCUAUGUUUAUGAAAAUGUAACUUUUUUCAAAUGCUAAUAAAUACCGGAACAGCUUUGGACUCUGAUCUAGAAUUAUGUUUAAAGACUUUUGAUUCUAUUUUGUUGGUGUUUGAUAUAUAAAAUUGUGUAAUGUUUGGUGCAAGUUUUGAAAUUUUGCUCUUAUCUUGAAAUAAUUUUUCUAAUUUUGUAACUUUUAAUAAAUACUACUUUUAAUA